AAGCCUGCUUGACUUUACUCCCUGCAGUCUGCCCCCAAAUCCCCCACUCUCCAAACCCCAGCCAGAGCCGAACGGGAGCCGCCGCCAGCCGCCAUGUCCGGAGGAAUCGCGCGCGGCCGCCUCGCCGAGGAGCGCAAGGCGUGGCGUAAGAACCACCCGCACGGUUUCGUCGCCAAGCCGGAGACGCUGGGCGAUGGGACGGUGAACCUCAUGGUCUGGCACUGCACCAUCCCCGGCAAGCAAGGGACUGAUUGGGAAGGUGGAUAUUUCCCUCUCACCCUUAAUUUCAGUGAGGAUUACCCUAGCAAACCUCCCAAGUGCAAGUUCCCACAGGCUUUUUUCCACCCGAAUGUCUAUCCUUCAGGGACGGUCUGUCUUUCCAUACUCAACGAAGACAGUGGUUGGAGACCAGCCAUUACUGUGAAGCAGAUUCUUGUUGGAAUCCAGGACUUGCUGGAUCAGCCAAAUCCUGCUGACCCUGCUCAAACAGAUGGUUACCACCUCUUUAUUCAGGAUCCUACGGAAUACAAGAGGCGUAUCCGGCUGCAGGCCAAGCAGUAUCCUCCGCUGGUCUGAUGGCAUUGGCUUCUUACUGAUCCAUGCUGCACAUCCGCAUAGUCCUUGCUAGAUCUCAAAUGAAUGCCUCUGCAAAUAUGGAACUAAAUCAAGUAUAACCUGGAGAAAGGUGCUUUGAGAAGUAUUAUCGUCAUUGUGGACCAAUUGUGUGAUUCAGUGUCCAUUUGGUUGUAAGGGGAUUCCUUAACCGUUCGAGUGCUUGUUUUCUGGGUUAAUGUCAAACUUAAGUUUGUCCAGCCAUCUCCAGAGAAUUGUUGUCUGUGUGUUAUUCGACAAUUCUAAAUGCGAAGAAACAAAUUUGUUCACCACAAUGCUUGCCUAUA